AUGGCAGACAACGACCCGCGGAGCGCGCAGGAACUCUCGCAGUUUGCAGAAAACCUACUACAGCAACUGCAGGAGAACUUUCAAGCUUUGACUGAAAAGUUAACUCUGAGAAUGAAAGAAAUGGGUGAACGUAUUGAUGACCUUGAAAAGCAUGUCACUGACCUAAUGGCACAGGCCGGGAUAGAAAAUACCAAUGAGGAUCUGAUGCACUGAAAAUGAGAACAUACUGAUCAAGAAAUACAGACUGAUUCUGUAUUACAUUCUAUUGAGAAAGAGGAAGAAU